UUUAUCAUCUCUUGGGAACCACCAACCUUAACAUGAUAGAGGCUAUAGAUUAACUGAAUUUUGUUUCCAUAAAAGAAUAUUUUUAGGAGGUUAUGGAAUGGGAGGAGUUUGUAUAAUGCAUAAUAAUUCCAUUUAAUAAUAUUUUUAAAUAAAAUAUUUAAUUAAAAUAAUUAGUUGAUGAUACGGGUAAAUUGGUGCGUGGAAAAUCAAAGAAUAAUUACAUACAGACUGACAAAUAUGAUUUAAUGGUUAAUGAUUCUUUGGACAAUUAUUAUACUCCUAAAGUCAUUAUCAAAAAAGAACAAUCAAUUUACGAUGAUUAUGAAAUUCUUGAAGAAAUUGGGACAGGGGCAUUUGGUGUAGUUCACAGAUGCUUGGAGAAGAAGACCGGGAAUAUUUUUGCUGCCAAAUUUAUUCCAAUACUUGGGGGAGAUAAACAAAAAGAAAUUGUUAGAGAGGAAAUUGGGAUAAUGGCUGAAUUAAAACAUUCUUCCCUAAUUUCUUUACAUGAUGCUUUUGAAAUGGAUCAAGAAAUUAUCAUGAUAUAUGAGUUUAUGUCAGGAGAUGAAUUGCUUGAAAAAAUUAGUAAGGAUGAGCAAAUGAAUGAGUGGAAAGCACAAAAUUAUAUUAAACAAAUUUUUAUCCUAUGUACAUUUGGAUUUAAAACCAGAAAAUAUUUUAUUUACUACAAAAACAAGUGA